GGAACGUAGUGGAGAACGCCGAAGGCAUAAGAGCCACCGACGUGGUAGUAGAAGUCGAAGCAAAGAAAAAAGAAGGUAUGAAGAAAGAAGAUCGCGUCGUAGCAGAAGUCGAGAGGAAGAGGACACAAGUAAACGACGUCGUCUUUCCAAGGAAGAAAUUGUUACAAAGGUAUCUUCUGAAAAGUAUAGUUCUACUCCCUCUCCAGGAAGAGAUUAUCAUGAUCAACACACUGGUUAUGUUGCAACUGAAGAUGAAGCUAGGAAAAGAUUAGUCGAUUCAGUUGAAGAAACUGAUUCAGUUCAAAAUUCACCACCUAGAAAAAAGGUAGCAGAUGUACCUAUCUUCAAGUCAAAAUGGAAUGAUGAUGAAGACGAGGAAGAAAACAAAAAGGAAUAUACUUGCCUUACUUCGUUUAAACAUGUUUGGACUUUUUUUUCGGACCUUGGUGGCUUUAUCCCUGUUGGGUUAUUUUACAAAUCUCAAAAUAACGCUUUGAAUAAAGGCGUUACAGCUACUCAGAUCAAGGGCUUGCUAGCACUGGGUAUAUUGGUUGAAGAAUACUGUUCAAUAUUAAACUUUCUUGCUACAACCGCUGGUCCUAUUGGAGAAGAUCUUUUUCAUUGGCAAGCAACAAUUAUGGGCCCUACCGAAUCUCCAUACACUGGUGGUGUAUUUUUUCUUGCCAUCCACUUUCCUACAGAUUAUCCAUUCAAACCACCGAAGGUUAAUUUUACCACAAGAAUUUACCAUCCGAAUAUCAACAGUAAUGGAAGUAUAUGCCUGGAUAUUCUAAGAGACCAAUGGUCACCUGCUCUUACCAUUUCGAAAG